AUCGAUGAGUCUGGCACCGUCCUCUGCGCGUACACCGGGGACGACAAGACCGGAUCCUGGAAAGCCAUUAAGACGAGCAGCAGCUAUGCGAAAGAUGUCCUGGAUGUCUUUCUCCCCGCCGGUUAUCCCCAUACGGUCACGGCGGAUUACAUGCCCUACCAGAUCUACGAUUCGCUGCAGGCAUUUUCUAGUUCAAUCGCCGGGCUGCUGUCCAACAGAGCUGUGCUCCAAAGCCUCGGUGUAGGCGACGACGCCGGCUCAGCGACCGGAGCAGUUCUGCUCUCCGUUCUGCAAGAAUCCACUGGCCGACUGGCUACUAUUGUGUUCGCUCAUCGGUUUGGCCAGGCUAUUGAACCCGAAUGCAAGUACUACCGGUUCCUGGCUGAUCUGUUGAACGAUUCGGCACUGCUGCUUGAUGUCCUGACACCAGCUCUUCCCACCUACCCCAAGAUCCUCGCCCUGUGUGCCGCUGGUAUCUUGCGAUCCCUCUGCGGUGUAGCGGCAGGUGCGGCGAAGGCAAGCUUGAGCGCCCACUUCGCCAAAAAUGGCAACCUCGCUGAGCUGAACGCGAAGGACGGGAGCCAGGAGACGGUCAUUUCCCUCAUGGGCAUGCUGGCUGGUAGUCUCUUCGUUCGCGUCGUCGAAGGCCGAGCUGCCGUCUGGACCUGGAUGUUCAUCCUGGUUGGCAUCCAUCUGUGGACGAACUACAGGGCCGUUCGUGCCGUGCAGAUGCGAAGCUUGAACCGCCAGCGGGCUGAAAUCGUCGUCAAGGAGUACCAACGAAGUGGCCGUGUCUUGAACCCUCGGGACGUUGCGAGACGAGAGAGCAUCAUC